AUGAUUGUUUUGUUCGGUUUUCUAACCGUUUUCGGCAUAGUUUUUGUAAUUAUAUGUACUAAGAAUGUCAUAAAGAAACGUGCAUGUUCCUGCGAAGUAGAGCUCACUAAAAUUGAAAGAGUAAUUACCAGCGAAGAGUUCGUCUAUCCUGUUCAAGUAGCCAAUUCUCCGUUAGAAGCGACAGAGCUUACCAGCUUAUCGAGUCCAGCUGCCUGCAGUUAUUCCAACAGAUCUGAUCAAAUGUGGUUCGUAGAUUUAGAAACUCCAAAGGAGUGUUAUCGUAAAACGAUUCUCCCUUUCCUUGAAGCAUCACCAACCUCUAGCCUUGCUAAUCAGCAAUGUACAUACAAGAAAUUUCCCUCUCCUAUUUCAAAUAGAACCCUUCCUUCCAUCGAUUUCUCAUCCAACAUUGUAUAUUAUGGAGAAUCAGAGACAUUAGUCUGA